CAGCCCCCGGACCUGGCCUGCACCCCUCCCGUCGGUCCCCGCGCCUCUCUGGAGCCUGCCUUCUCUUCCCACAGCAGCGGCCCGCGGGCCAUGAGGAGGCCAGCGGGGAGCCCCGCGGCGGGGUGCUUCCCGUAGCGCAGGCCGCCAAGGGCUUCGCGCCGUGCGGCUGGCGCCAUGGAGGCCCCGUACUCGAUGACCGCGCACUACGACGAGUUCCAGGAGGUCAAGUACGUGAGCCGGUGCAGCACCGGGGGCUCCCGCGGGACCUCGCUGCCGCCCGACUUUCCGCUGGGCGCGGGGCGCAGCGCCCCUGGGGCGCGGGCGGGUCUGCCGCGCUGGAACCGGCGCGAAGUGUGCCUGCUGUCGGGGCUGGUGUUCGCCGCCGGCCUCUGCGCCAUCCUGGCCGCCAUGCUGGCGCUCAAGUACCUGGGCCCCGGCGCGGUGGGCGGCGGCGCCUGCUCCGAGGGCUGCCCAGAGCGCAAGGCCUUCGCGCGCGCUGCCCGCUUCUUGGCCGCCAACCUGGACUCCAGCAUAGACCCCUGCCAGGACUUUUACUCUUUCGCGUGCGGUGGCUGGCUGCGACGCCACGCCAUCCCCGACGACAAGCUCACGUACGGCACCAUCGCGGCCAUCGGCGAGCAGAACGAGGAGCGCCUGCGGCGCCUGCUGGCUCGGCCCGGGGGCGGGCCCGGCGGCUCGGCCCAGCGCAAGGUGCGCGCCUUCUUCCGCUCCUGCCUCGACAUGCGCGAGAUCGAGCGCCUGGGCCCGAGGCCCAUGCUCGAGGUCAUUGAGGACUGCGGGGGCUGGGACCUGGGCGGCGCUGCGGGGCGCCCGGAGGCGGCGGCGCGCUGGGACCUCAACCGGCUGCUCUACAAGGCUCAGGGCGUGUACAGCGCCGCCGCGCUCUUCUCGCUCACCGUCAGCCUGGACGACAGGAACUCCUCGCGCUACGUCAUCCGCAUUGACCAGGACGGGCUCACCCUGCCCGAGAGGACCCUGUAUUUAGCUCAGGAUGAAGAGAGCGAGAAGAUCCUGGCCGCCUACCGGGUGUUCAUGGAGCGCCUGCUCAGCCUGCUGGGGGCCGACGCCGUGGAGCAGAAGGCCCAGGAGAUCCUGCAGCUGGAGCAGCGGCUGGCCAACAUCACGGUGUCGGAGUACGAUGACCUCCGACGAGACGCCAGCUCCAUGUACAACAAGGUGACGCUCGGGCAGCUGCAGAGGAUCGCCCCCCCGCUGCGGUGGAAAUGGUUGCUGGACCAGAUCUUCCAGGAGGACUUCUCCGAGGACGAGGAGGUGGUGCUGCUGGCCACAGAGUACAUGCAGCACCUGUCGCAGCUCAUCCGCUCCACGCCCCGCAGGGUCCUGCACAACUACCUGGUGUGGCGCGUGGUGGUGGUGCUUAGCGAGCACCUGUCGCCGCCGUUCCGAGAGGCGCUGCACGAGCUGGCCCGCGAGAUGGAGGGCAGCGACAAGCCCCAGGAGCUGGCCCGGGUCUGCCUGGGCCAGGCCAACCGCCACUUCGGCAUGGCCCUCGGCGCCCUCUUUGUGCACGAGCACUUCUCCGCCACCAGCAAGGCCAAGGUGCAGCAGCUGGUAGAGGACAUCAAGUCCAUCCUGGGCCAGCGCCUGGAGGAGCUGGACUGGAUGGACGCUGAGACCAAGGCUGCUGCCCGAGCCAAGCUCCAGUACAUGAUGGUGAUGGUGGGCUAUCCGGACUUCCUGCUCAAGCCGGAGGCCGUGGACCGGGAGUAUGAGUUUGAGGUCCACGAGAAGACCUACUUCAAGAACAUCUUGAACAGCAUCCGCUUCAGCAUCCAGCUCUCCGUCAAGAAGAUCAGGCAGGAGGUGGACAAGUCCACGUGGCUGCUGCCCCCACAGGCACUCAAUGCCUACUAUCUGCCCAACAAGAACCAGAUGGUGUUCCCCGCGGGAAUCCUGCAGCCCACACUCUAUGACCCUGACUUUCCCCAGUCUCUGAACUUCGGGGGCAUCGGGACCAUCAUCGGGCAUGAGCUGACCCACGGCUACGAUGACUGGGGGGGUCAGUAUGACCGCGCGGGCAACCUGCUGCACUGGUGGACCGAGGCCUCCUAUAGCCGCUUCCUGCGCAAGGCGGAGUGUAUCGUCCACCUCUAUGACAACUUCACUGUCUACAACCAGCGGGUCAACGGGAAGCACACGCUUGGGGAGAACAUCGCGGACAUGGGCGGCCUCAAGCUGGCUUACUACGCCUAUCAGAAGUGGGUCCGGGAGCACGGCCCAGAGCACCCGCUGCACCGCCUCAAGUACACACACAACCAGCUCUUCUUCAUUGCUUUUGCCCAGAACUGGUGCAUCAAGCGGCGGUCACAGUCCAUCUACCUGCAGGUGCUGACCGACAAGCAUGCACCUGAGCACUACAGGGUGCUGGGCAGCGUGUCCCAGUUCGAGGAGUUCGGCCGGGCCUUCCAUUGCCCCAAGGACUCGCCCAUGAACCCUGCCCGCAAGUGCUCCGUGUGGUGACCGGCGCCGCCCGCACGCCCCCGCCCUGCACGCUUCGCCGCCCUCUGGCUGCCCGGCAGGCAUGGACCCGGCGCCCUCCCUGCCCUGGGUGUUGCCAGCCUCCCCAGCCCCUCCAGGCCCUGGGCCCUCGCUGCCCUUCGCUUUGGGGGGCGACAGUGGGCCCAGGAGCGUCUGGGGGGCGGCGCUGGGGACGCCGGUCUCCCCGCCAGUGGGCCGCACACGCCCCUCGCUGUGUCCUGCUGCCACUCUGGUCAAUAAAGCUGCUGUGCUGUC